AUGGGUUCAUGUACAUCUGUUUCUUAUUCUCGAGUAAACAAAAAAAAAUCAACUCCUCCUACAGAAUCUAACCUGAAUGUAGACCCAAAUAGCAUCCGAGACAAUUAUAAUAAAAAUAAAGUAAUUAUGAUAGAUGAAUUCAUCCAUCAACUUAUGAAAGAGCAACUCCUUAGAAAGAAAGCUAAAGAAGCUCCUUCGCUGUCUAUAUCAAAAAGUGAUCUAUACAGUCGAAGAUUAAGCCAAGUACAGCUUAUAAACCUAUAA